UUUUUUUUUUUUUUUUUUUUUUUCUUUUUUAAAAUAAUUUUUUUUUUAAAUUAAAUAAUAGGGUUACUUUUUUUUUUUUUUAUAUUUUCAUAGAUAUCUUUUAUUUUCAUUCUCCCCUAACCAAUUAUUUAUUUUAUAUUUAUUUUAUAUUUAUUUUAUUUAUUUAUUUAUAAAAUAAAUCACAUACACUAAAAGUUUAAAUAAAAAAAAAGAAAUCAAAACAAAUAUAUAGCAUAGAUUUUUUUUCUUGUAAUUUAUAAAUUGUAUAAUUAUUUAAAGUUUAAUUUAUAAUGUCAAUUCCAAAGCAUAGUGCCAGAACAACAACUGGUGUAAUUCCACCAACUGAAAAAAAGAAGGGCAGCAAAUUAUUCGCUCUUAAAACAGAUUUUUUAAAGAAUGAUGAAGAUUCAAUUCAAAAGGGUAUUUUAGAUCAUGUUGAAUAUACUUUAGCUAGAACUAAAUAUAAUUUUGACUCAUUUUCAGCUUAUCAAGGUUCAGCUUAUAGUGUUAGAGAUCGUUUAAUUGAAAGAUGGAAUGAAACUCAACAAUAUUAUACUGAAAGAGACCCAAAGAGAGUUUAUUAUUUAUCUAUGGAGUUUCUUAUGGGUAGAUCAUUGCAAAAUGCAAUUUAUAAUAUGAAUCUCAAGGAUGAAUAUCAUAGUGCUCUUUUAGAAUUUGGUUUCGAAUUGGAAGACCUCUAUGAAGAAGAAAAAGAUGCCGCUUUAGGUAAUGGUGGUUUAGGUCGUUUAGCUGCUUGUUUCAUGGAUUCAUUAGCCACUCUCAAAUAUCCAGCAUGGGGUUAUGGUCUUCGUUACAAUUAUGGUAUGUUUGAACAAGGUAUCUACGAUGGUUAUCAAACAGAGGUUCCAGAUUAUUGGUUAGUUGCUGGUAAUCCAUGGGAAAUUGAACGUCUUGAUGUUCAAUAUACCGUUCGUUUCUAUGGUCAUGUCACUGAAAGAAAAUCAAGUGAAGGUAGCAAAUUUGAAUGGGAAGGUGGUGAAUUAGUCCAAGCAAUUGCCUAUGAUACCCCAAUUCCAGGUUAUCACACUACCAACACCAAUAACAUUCGUUUAUGGUCAUCCAAACCACACAAAGAGUUCGAUUUAGAUGCUUUCAAUGGUGGUAAUUAUCUCUCUGCAGUCGAAGCCAAACAAAGAUCAGAAAAUAUUACUUCAGUUCUUUAUCCAAACGAUAACACUUACUCUGGUAAAGAACUUAGAUUAAAACAACAAUACUUUUUCGUUGCUGCCACUCUUUGUGAUGUAGUUCGUCGUUUCAAGAAAUCCCAUCAAAAUUGGAAAGAUUUCCCAGACAAGGUUGCCGUUCAAUUAAAUGAUACCCAUCCAACUAUCGGUGUUAUUGAACUCUUUAGAAAACUUUUAGACGAAGAGAGCCUCCAAUGGGAAGAGGCUUGGGAUAUUGUCACCAAAACUUUUGCUUACACCAAUCACACUAUUCUUCCAGAAGCCUUAGAAAUGUGGCCAGUAUCAUUAAUUGAAGAUCUUCUUCCAAGACAUAUGCAAUUAAUCUAUGGUAUUAACCAUCGUUUCCUUAUUCAAGUCACUCAAAAAUGGCCAGGUGAUAUCGGUAAAAUGAGAGGUCUUUCAAUUAUUCAAGAAGGUGAAGAAAAGAAAGUUAGAAUGGCUCAUCUUGCCAUCGUUGGUUCACAUUGUGUUAAUGGUGUUGCCGCUAUUCAUUCAGAUUUAGUUAAAUAUAAGGUUUUCCCAGAUUUCUUUGCUUUAUGGCCACAAAAAUUCCAAAAUAAAACUAAUGGUGUCACUCCAAGACGUUGGAUUGAACAAGCCAACCCAGGUCUUUCAGCUAUUUUCACUAAAUGGUUAGGUACCGAUCAAUGGACAACUGACUUGGAAUUAGUUAAAGGUAUCAAACAACAUAUGGAUAAUCCAGAAUUAGUUGAAGAAUGGAAACAAGUUAAACAAUUCAACAAAGAACGUUUAGCCGAAUUCAUCUUAAAGAAUUGUGGUAUUCAAGUCAAUAGUAACGCUCUCUUUGAUGUUCACAUUAAGAGAAUUCAUGAAUAUAAGAGACAACUCUUAAAUAUUCUUUCAGUCAUCUACCGUUAUCUCUCAAUCAAAAAGAUGUCACCAAAAGAUAGAGCUAAUGUUGUUCCAAGAGUUGUAGUUUUCGCUGGUAAAGCUGCUCCAGGUUAUGUCAUGGCCAAGAGACACAUUAAAUUAAUCAACUCUGUCGCUGAAGUUAUCAAUCGUGAUAAAGAAGUCGACCAAUACCUUAAAGUAGUUUUCAUUGCCAACUACAAUGUAUCUAUUGCUCAAGUCAUCGUUCCAGCCUCAGAUAUUAAUCAACAAAUUUCAACCGCUGGUACUGAAGCCUCAGGUACAAGUAACAUGAAAUUCACAAUGAAUGGUUCACUUAUCAUUGGUACAUUAGAUGGCGCUAAUGUAGAAAUUGCUGAUGAAGUCGGUCAAGAAAACAUGUUUAUCUUUGGUCUUCGUACUCAUGAAAUUGAUGCUGCCCGUGAAAAAAUGACUCAAAAAGAAGUUGUUAUUGACCCACGUCUUCAAGAGGUAUUCUUAAAUAUUGAAUUGGGUACCUUUGGUCCACCAGAUGUUUUCAGACCAAUUUUAGAUUCACUCAUCUAUAAUGACUUCUACUUAACCAUUCAAGAUUUCCCAUUAUAUCUUGAUGCUCAAGCUGAAGUCGAUGCUUUAUGGAAGGAUCAAGGAUCUUGGAUUAAAAAAUCAAUUAUCAACAGUGCCUCAACUUAUUUCUUUAGUUCUGAUAGAGCUAUGAAAGAAUAUGCUAAAGAUAUUUGGAAUAUUGAACCAUGUGAAGUUGAAACCUCAAUUAAUAGAAGAUAUUAAAAUGGUAUAGAUAAUAAAUAAUCAGUAAUAAAUAAUAAAUAAAUAAUUAAAUAAUUUAUCAUUUAUUAAAUAAUAAAAUAAUAAAUAAAAUCUUUUAUUUUUCAAAAGUGUACUAAAUAAAAACAAAAAAAAAAAAUAAAAUACAUCAUUUAUAUAAUAU